AUGGAACGGCAUCACCUUUGGUUCUACCGCAGUAAAGACUUCCACUCAAUAGCUCCUCCCUUCCGCGCUUUGCCCAAUGAGAUUCGCCCUCUGGACGCUGCCCCUUGUGGCCACGCCUCCUUCGUCAUAGAUCCAGCCUCGCGUGUCCAGCGUUUGAAUCCUGGCCGGGGCCCGACCGGGAGAAGUUGGGAGAGAUUCUCUGUCCCCUCCGAUCCUCCAAGGGAUGAUUUUACAUUAAACGUGCUGAGCCGCGCCUUCCUACUGCCGGUUUUGGGGCAGCCCGUGGGCCGGGCCGAUCCGCCCUCAGAAGUCGGGACCAAGAAGACUGGCUUGUCUUCCAUUCCAGACCCCACCGUGGGACAUCCCACACCUGCUGCAGUCUGGGUCUGGAUGUUACCGCUCUUGCUGUUGGAAUCCCGGGCAGGACACUUGAGAGCACAGGAGACCAAGGUGCUGGAGGGCCAGGAGUGCACGCCCCAUUAGCAGCCUUGGCAGACGGCCUUGUUCCAGGGUGUCCGGCUAAUAUGUGGGGAUGUUCUCAUAGAUGACAACUGCGUCCUCACAGCAGCCCACCGUAAAAAACUGAAAUACACAGUCCGCCUGGGAGAUCACAGUCUGCAGAAUAAGGGUGGGUCAGAACAAGAAACGGCUGUGGCUCAGUCCAUCCCACACCCCUGCUACAACAGCAGCAACGAAGACCACAACCGUGAUCUGAUGCUCAUUCGACUAUGUGGUCGGGCAUCCCUGGGGCCCAAAGUGAAGCCCAUCAACCUGGCAGAUCACUGCCCUCAAGUUGGCCAGAAGUGCACCAUCUCAAGCUGGAGCUCGGUCACCAACCCUCAAGAGAAUUUUCCUGACACCCUCAGCUGUGCAGAAGUAAAAAUUAUUCCUCAGAAGCAAUGUGAAGACGCCUACCCUGGGCAAGUCACAGAUAGUAUGGUCUGUGCAAAUGAAAGCAGUGGGGCUGAUACACGCCAGGGAGAUUCCAGGGUCUCACUGGUAUGUGGUGGCAUUCUCCAGGGCAUCACAUCCUGGGGAUCAGACCUCUAUGGGCGGCCUGAGAGAUCUGGCGUGUACACCAACAUCUGCCACUAUCUGGACUGGAUUAAGACCAUGGGCAGAAAGGGCUGA